AAAUAAUUUUAUACGUAAAUCAAUUUGUGUAAAUUUUUAAUUUAAAUCAAACAAACUUUUUUCAAAAAAAUGGCAGAACGCGAAAGGAUAUCACCCAAAACAACAGCAAUCCGUGUUGGAUUUUAUGAUAUAGAACGGACAAUUGGGAAAGGUAAUUUUGCUGUUGUUAAAUUAGCAAAACAUCGAAUUACUAAAACGGAGGUUGCAAUAAAAAUAAUCGAUAAAUCACAACUAGAUGCAGCAAAUCUUCAAAAAGUUUAUCGUGAAGUGGAUAUUAUGAAACGACUAGAUCAUCAACAUAUCAUCAAAUUAUAUCAGGUUAUGGAAACAAAAAAUAUGAUUUAUUUGGUUUCCGAAUAUGCCAGUCAAGGAGAAAUAUUUGAUUAUAUUGCAAGAUUUGGUCGUAUGACUGAAUCAAUGGCUAGAUUAAAAUUUUGGCAAAUAUUAUCGGCUGUUGAAUACUGUCAUAAUAGAAAUAUUGUACAUCGAGAUUUAAAGGCUGAAAAUUUACUAUUGGAUUCAAAUGGUAAUAUAAAAAUAGCAGAUUUUGGAUUUUCAAAUUAUUUCACGGAUGGUGGACAACUAUCCACAUGGUGUGGUUCACCGCCAUACGCAGCGCCUGAAGUAUUCGAGGGAAAACGCUAUACUGGUCCUGAAAUCGAUAUAUGGAGUUUGGGUGUUGUAUUGUAUGUACUUGUAUGUGGUGCAUUACCUUUCGAUGGAUGUACAUUACCAGCAUUACGUGAUCGUGUACUAUCUGGACGUUUUCGUAUACCAUAUUUUAUGAGCUCUGAUUGUGAAUCUCUAAUCCGAAAAAUGUUAGUAUUAGAACCAAGUAAGCGUUAUCGAGUAGGACAAAUUAAACGGCAUCGAUGGAUGCAAGUGGAAACACCACCUGCGUCACCGAUUCCACCACCUACAACAAGUGGUCCUAAUGAACAAAUUUUACGACUAAUGCAAAGUUUGGGUAUUGAUAGCCAUAAAACUCGGGAGUCUGUACGAUCCGGCAGCUAUGACCACCAUUCCGCAAUAUAUUUUCUACUUUUAGAAAAACUAAAAACACAAAUGAGUACAACUGAAAAUUCAAGUGGUGGUCGAGAUGCUCAACGAAGGCGGCCAUCAAAUAUUGCAGAACAAGCGAUGCGAAAGUUAGGUCGGUCUGGUACAAGUGAAGAUUGUCGUCGUAUGCUACAAAGUACAACAACGUCAUCGUCAAGAUCUAGUGGUGGACCACCACCUUCUUCGAUGCAACAAAAUCCAACUCCAGAGACAUGUGUAAUUCAAAAACAAUCAAAUCAACAACCAUCACAAAUUCUUAAAAGUAGUACAGAGAUAAGACUGAAUGCUCAGUGUUGUGAAACAACACCCACAGCAAAUAAUCCAUUUAGUGGGCAUAAUCUUCAAUCAGCAACAGUUCCAGUGAUUGAUGCUGAAAAGUUAUUAGCCACUACAAAUAGUGAAGAUGCUAUAAGACUGCUUCAACAAUCUACUUCAACAACAUUUACAAUGUCAUCAGAAGCUUCAAAACUGAUGUCAACCUUGCAAUUAUCUCCAAUUCCAACAACAUCACCACAACCCACAACAGUUGAUCUGUUACCUAGAUCGCAGGAAACAUUACGAUCCCAACAAACAAGCACACCACCAUUUAAGGACUAUCACUUAUAUAGCACUCAACCAUAUACAUCUUCGUACACCAGUCCAAACAGUGCACUGUGCCGAUGUCCUCAACAACCGACCAGUUCCACAAGUGACGUCCUAAAUAAUUUAUGUAGACAAGAAUCGAAAUUUUCACUAGCUAGUCAACAUUUUCCAUCAGCGACAGCUGGACGAAGCACCGAAAUACAUACUCAGUAUUCCAGUUCGACGGAUGAAGGAUGUGAAACAGAUAUGGAAGAUUCACCGUUACCACGAUUGAGUUCCUAUGCAAGUUCUAGUUCCAGUAGUGGUGUUGUUACAAAUUUUAAAAGUCUGAGCCAAAAUUUAAGUUGUGAUUCAUCACAAAGUAAUUUUUCAAUGUACGAAAGUUUAGAUUAUCAAUUAUGUGACUCAAAUGAUUUGGCGAGUAGUUUACCGAGUUGUACAUCAACAGAUAAAACCUCAAAUGAUCAUGUGAUUAUUAGUACAAGUUCCAUACAUCCAGGAGUAUAUGUAUCAAAUUCAGGACGAUGUGGUUUUGUAAGUAAAAAUAACCCGUUAGUGUAUAUGUCUAGUACAAAAACUGGUACACGGCAAAUUACACGAUCGCCAGUGGAUUUUCGGGAAGGUCGGCGGGCAAGUGAUGGUCUUGUAGCACAACAAGCCAAUCAACCAGAUAAUAAUACAAAUGUAAUUGCAUUUAACAGUCAAAGACUGAAAGAUAAUCGUAAGUCAAAAGGGGUACUGGAAUUACAUCUCGUACAGAAAGAAGCACAAAAAUUGAAAAGUCAGUAUCCACCAAGCGUUCCAAUCGAAGAAAUUACCCAACGACAAAUGCAACACACACAAUUUAAUCAUAACUUACCGCAUCCAAUGAAACGUAUUAGCCUGCCAGAAAAUUUUAACUAUAUGCCUUCGUCGCCGUUAAACAGUCCAAGUAAUUCUGUAGAUACAGCGGAAAUUCAAACAAAACCACCAUUACAACAACUAAUGCAGCAUAGAUUAUUACAACAAAAACGACAAAUUUUACAAAAACAGGGUGGCUUUUCAAAUACAAGUAAUUGUUCCCCAAGUGGUCAAAAUCAAAGUGUUGAUAUAUCUUCAACACCCUUACUAAAUUUAUCACGUCGUCAAAUGUUACGACAAGCCAGUUAUAAAAUUGCACAACAAACACAAAUAGUACCCCCCUUACCAUUGUCUGAAUCAGAAAAUGAAGAUUUAAUGGCAUUUCAGGCAAUUGUAGAAGGUCCAACAAAAGACAAUAAUACGACACCACAAACAACAUUAGUUGCUGCACGUGAUAAUUGGACAAAUUUACCAAAUAAUAUGCAAUCAUCAUGUCAAAUAUCUGAUUUACAUGGCACAACGGCGCCUAGUCUGUUAUGGCAUCAAUCGCCUGUUUAUAACCCACCAACGUCUGCUUGGAAUCAGGGUACAUCAAGUUACACAGGAAAUGCAUGGCCCCCAUUACUGCCGCUAAGUGAAAGUCCUAUACUGGAAUUAACAGAACAAACGGAGUCUAUGUGAUCAAUGACAAUACUACAUCCAAGGAAAU